UUCCUUACUUCUUGGGAAAGAAGGAUUUUUCCCCCCAGCUCAUUAAGUGUGUGCUAAAGGGAUGGAGGCAUGAGUCAUCUGGGCUGGGAAGGCAGAGGAGGCUGGGGAGCCAGUGUGACAGCCCAUCUGAUUGGCUGUGCCGUCCUGGCUGGGCUAUAAAAGAGACCCCUACAGGCUCCCGGAGGGAGAAGCUCAGAGGAGUCUGACAGCAUCGUUUCCAGAGAAAAGGCUAAGAGCGCUCAAAACAGAAACCACAGCUCCUCCUGCUGCAUUUCCCUCUUCACUUGUGAAUCCCACACUGAGCAAGAUGUGCAAAGGACUUGCAGGUCUGCCGGCUUCCUGCUUGAGGAGUGCAAAAGAUAUGAAGCAUCGUCUUGGUUUUCUGCUGCAGAAGUCUGACUCCUGCGAACAUAAUUCUUCGCACAGCAAGAGGGACAAAGUGGUUAUUUGUCAGAGGGUGAGCCAAGAGGAAGUCAAGAAAUGGGCUGAGUCACUGGAAAAUCUGAUUAGCCAUGAAUGUGGGCUGGCAGCUUUCAAAGCUUUUUUGAAGUCUGAGUACAGUGAGGAGAACAUUGACUUCUGGAUCAGCUGUGAAGAGUACAAGAAAAUCAAAUCCCCCUCUAAACUAAGUCCCAAGGCCAAAAAGAUCUAUAAUGAAUUCAUCUCAGUCCAGGCAACCAAAGAGGUAAACCUGGACUCUUGCACCAGGGAGGAGACCAGCCGGAACAUGUUGGAGCCGACCAUCACCUGCUUUGAUGAGGCCCAGAAGAAGAUUUUUAACCUCAUGAAGAAGGAUUCAUACCGCCGCUUCCUCAAGUCCCGGUUCUACCUUGAUUUGGUCAAUCCCUCCAGCUGUGGGUCAGAGAAGCAGAAAGGAGCCAAGAGUUCUGCAGACUGUCCCGCCUUGGUCCCCCAGUGUGCCUGAUUAUCACUUGGUGGCCGAGGGCUUAAAUGCCCAGACUCUAUUCCUGGAAAACCUGAGGCCAAAUAUUGAUCUGUAUCAAGCACCAGUGCUUUAUCCACAUUGUAGCCUAGAAUUCAGCUGUGUGUGAGUCACUCCCAUGUAAAAGCUAGAUUUAGUUGGGGUGUGUAGGUAUUCAUCAGGGGCAGGACCUCAUCCUAACCUAUUUCCCCAAAUUUAUUUUAGGGUGCCAUGUGAAUAAGUAUCCAAACUAUGGCCAUGUAGGUCUGGAUUUUCCAAGAUUGUUGGUUGCUCUCUCUUCCAACAGUUUGACCUCAGGUGGGUUGGUACUCUUCAUGUGACAUCCUUGGCACAUGUUGUCAGAUGGCUCUUUCCUCAAACUCGAAUUGUUUAGAUGAGAUUGAUCUAUUUUGUGUACAUAUGUGUGUGUAUGUUUGUGUGUGUAGACAUAUACACACAGAAUAUAUAUGUAUAUAUAUGUAUAUGUAUAUGUAUACAUACACUGUAUUAUACACUGUAAGAAUAGAUCAGAAAGACCCUCGGUGCUCAUAACUUGAGUGUGUGUACAUAUUUACAUGCAUGUUCUCAUGCCUGGUCUUUCAUCCUGCAAUCAAACAUGUGAAUCAGCUAAGAAAGGAAUGCCAGCCCAGGGAAGUUGUUUGGGCAAACUCCAUGGGUCUUGUUGGAGAAGCACCCAAGAGACUUCAUGCUCAAUUUAAUCAGGGACAGCCUGCACAUUGAACAAUAUUUUAAGGAGCAAUUAUCAUAAAGCACUUUCGGUCUAGUGGACACAGUGCUGUUGGGCUGAUUAUCCUUGAUGGCACUUUCGAGUCCCUACACUUUCGAGUCCCUACACUGCCUGGGUGCUUGGUGCAACCGAUUGGUGUUGGACUGAGGGAUGGGAUCCUUGAAUGGAAGAAAUGCAGUUAGGGUCCUGCUGGCUCUCCCUCCUCUGAGGCACUGGCUGAGAGAGGGUACUGAAUGAAGGGUGAAUAUUCGUAUCCUCUCACGUGUCCUCCCCUGAUCAAGGUGCUCUUGUCAUUUUGUUUUUCCUCGAACUUGAGCCAUGAGACGUGGCUCUCUAGUUCACUGCAGCUGUCUGUCUCCCCGUCACGGCAUGGCUGUCUGCCUAACUCACAAACCAGCAGCAGGGAAAGAUCAUAUUUUAUAAAGGGAAAACAUUUUUUUUUUUUACAUAGUGAAACAUCCUCCUCAGUUCCUCUUUUGAACAUAGAACAUUGUUUAUUCCAUCCCAAACAUCAGGACUUACAAAGAUGGAAGGCAUUUCUUUCUAGACUCUGAGACUAAAUGAGAGGGUGAAGGAAAAAAAAAGAAUAUGAAUUGUUACUACUGUUUGGAACUUUUCAAGGCACAUGAAAUACUUGAUAAUUUCUCAUUUAUGUUAUUUAUGAGGUUGUUUUGUACAAUGUUUUUAUUAUUGUAUUGUUUUAUAAAUGGAGGUGCAGGAUAUCACCUGAAUUAUUAAUGAAUGGCCAGGAAGUAAUUUUCUUCUCAUUCUUCUAAAAUCACUGCCUUUGAAUUGCACAUGCAUGCACACAUGCACACGCACCAAUUUCUCCAGCAUAAAUCACAUGCAUGAGCACCUUUGUGGCUUUUAAGCCAAUGGACUGAGCUGUGAAGUGAAGAAACCGGAGUAUGUGUGUACAAAUCUCACUGUAAUUCAAGAUGUAGUUUUUCUCAGCUGUACCCACUAGUCCCUCUGGGUCUUGUUUCAAUGUCCCUGGAACUCCUUGACAGCAUCCUUUUCUGUUAUACACAGUUCCACGAUUUUGUCUCCACGUGACUCCAGGAUCCACAGGUGUAACCAACUCUAUCGAUCGACCUAUGAUAACUGUCAUGACUUUCAGAUUGUAACCUGCUGUCUCACAAAUAGGUCUGGAAGGUCAUUCUGAAUGAGAAGUAAAUUAUUUUGUGUAAUACUGUUUUCAAGUGUGUUUUUCAAUUGUACUUUCCUACUAUCUCAUCACCGUUCAACACGGUGAGUUGCCCACUCAUGGUCUGUGGACAGAAGCCCCCUUCCUAUGCAUGCCUAUCUUUAUCGUGUGCUUUAAAGGCCUCAAAACUGAUGCUUCCAGUGAAACACAUGCAUCUUAAUUAUAAGGGUAAAUAAAUGCCUCAUACAAAACUAUCUGCUUGUAAACACAUUACUGAUGUACAGACACGUGGUGAGAAGCAGCCAGGUAUAGGAUGACUAUAAAAAUGACUCCUGUCCAAUCCUUCACCUCUCCCUGCCAACUCUGGGAAAAGAAAGCUCUGCCUGCCCUACUCAUAGAACUGAGAUAGUCUGGAUACUUUGUUAUACAUAUCUGGAGGAUUAUUUAUAGGUCCUCAAUAGGUUUUCCAGGAAUAGGGUUCACCUGUCAAAGCAUCAUUUCACUUCCUCCAAUCCCACCUCAUGGAGAAAAGAUGGGAGUGGUAUCAGAUCAGCAGGGUGGAAGGGAACUGAAGAGACUGAGGGACAGGUCCCUGCCACCAGUGCUCAAGCUUCUCCCCUCACUUUUACAGAUUCUUCCCUGGAACAGAGGUCCUAGCACGUUCACAUCACAGUCACAGGUAUUGUGUCUUUUCUAUCAUGCAACCUGAAUUCUCUCUUUGCCAUUAUAAGAGUCGUGCGUGCAAGGUGUUAGGGAUGAGAAUCUUCAGUAUUCUUUUAAGGAUAUGAUGAACACUAUGGACGAUGACAGUGUUCCCCAGGGAAGCCAUGUCUUUCAGUCACUGCGAGAAUCACACGGAUGGCCCCCAGAUGGAAAUAGGCCUCUGGUGCAUGGCCCUGGUCACGUUGCUCCUGCCUCCCCUCUGGGAGGGCAGCCAGUGAUGACCACAAAGCCUGGGCUAAAGGGAUUCAUCUUCCACACAAGUCUGGUAAAG